CCCGGGUUCGGUUGAGGCGUGCCCAGGUGGCAGGUGGCAUCCUUGCCAUUGCAAAGGAGGGCUGUGCAAAGGAAAGGGAGCCCAGUGCGUCUGCUCUCAUGGAGCCUGGCUUGGAAGGAGAAGGAGAAGGAGAAGGAAGGGAGGCCAAGGCCAGCAGCAGCAGCAGCAGCAGCACAGCCCUGGUCCAGGAGGGAUGGUUCCGGGAGACCUGCAGCCUCUGGCCCGGACAGGCCCUUUCCCUGCAAGUGGAGGAGGUCCUGCACCACCGCAGAUCCCCUUUCCAGGAGAUCCUCGUCUUCAGGAGCAAAACCUAUGGGAACGUCUUGGUGCUCGAUGGCGUUAUCCAGUGUACAGAACGGGACGAGUUUUCGUACCAGGAGAUGAUCGCCAACCUGCCUUUGUGCAGCCACCCUCAUCCGCGAAAGGUGCUCAUCAUUGGAGGCGGCGAUGGCGGCGUCUUACGGGAAGUCGUGAAGCACCCCUCGGUCGAGUCCGUAAUACAGUGUGAAAUCGAUGAGGAUGUGAUCCAAGCAUCGAAGAAGUACCUCCCGGGGAUGGCUGUGGGAUACUCCAGCCCCAAACUCACUUUACACGUCGGGGACGGCUUUGAAUUCAUGAAGCAGAACCAAGAGGCUUUCGACGUGAUCAUCACAGACUCCUCGGACCCCAUGGGUCCUGCAGAAAGCCUCUUUAAGGAAUCCUACUACCAACUGAUGAAGACCGCUCUGCGGGAAGAUGGCAUCCUCUGUUGUCAAGGGGAAUGCCAGUGGUUGCACCUCGACCUGAUCAAGGAGAUGUGGCAGUUCUGCAAGUCCCUCUUCCCUGUGGUGGAGUACGCCUAUUGCACCAUCCCAACAUACCCAAGCGGACAGAUCGGCUUCAUGCUCUGCAGCAAAAAUCCGAACACUAACUUCCGGCAACCUGUCAAAUGCCUGACCCAGGAGCAAGUAGAAGAAAUGAACCUCAAGUAUUACAACUCGGACGUCCACCGGGCCGCCUUCGUCCUGCCAGAAUUUGCACGAAAGGCGCUGAGCGCUGUGUGAAAAACGCUGCCGGGCCGCUUCGACCGCUUGCCUCGGACCGCACGGUUUUUGGAGCGACCUCAACCUCGGGGUUCCCUCCGGCAAGUAGUCCGGACGCAGCGGCGCCCGCGUCCACAGCCUAUCCGCUAAAACAUUCCUUCCAAUUAUGUAUUUUAACAAGCAAAACUAAAAAGACUUUUGGGGGGCUACCAAAACGGCUCACGACGCCCGGUCCAGACCUUGCCAUGCCAUUGCUUGAACUUCGCCAUUCUUGGACCGGGAAUGUCUUAACCGACCGCCUCUUUGGGUUUCAGCCUUCCUCCUUUUUUAACCCUAUUAUCCCCCCAAUGCAAAAUUAUGUAUUUAUAACUAUGUAUCCCCCCAUUUCCCCCCAAAAUAUCCCUUCCGUUUAGCGGUUUUCUUCCAGUUAUAGGAAGAAAGUUUGCUUUGGACUCUCCAAACGCGACCGAAGGAACAAAGGAGUUGUCGGUGUCGGCUUUGUACCUGCAAGAGAUUGGAAACCAUUUCUUCUUCUCAUUUUUACUUUCCUCCUUUAGUUUGAACGCCUUUCUCGCCUUCGGAGGAUUGUAACUUCUUUCCUUAGCUUUAAAUGACAUAUCUUUUUGUUACAGAGAGAGGAAGAAAGAAGUAUGUAUUAGUCCUUUCUUUUAGUCUAGAAAUGUGCAUUUUGGCAUUGGGCGCCUUGAUGCCAAAUGUGCCCCAAUGCAUCCAAACGUUUCCAAUGGUUUGCAUUGAAACCGUUGCAAUUUUUGCGAUGUUUCGGGAUGCAAAUCCCGCACUCCCCCCCCCCCCCCCCCGUAUUUUUAAAGUUUUGCCUAUCUCAAUGCAUUUUGGUGAGAUACUUACAGAGGCGAAACAAGCGCACCGAAUCCCAGCGGCCAGAAUCCAAAGCUCCAAAGCGCGGCCGAUUCCUUAAAGGAAAACGGGGGUUUCUUCAACACCUUUUGUUACUCCUCCUCCCAACGUCUCUUUAGUAUUAUUAUUACGUCUUGGAUCACUUUAUAUAAUGCUCUGAAAUUAAACCUUAUCCUUGUUUUUAGAGGAGAUGUGGGGCAACCAUGGAGGUCUAAGAGGCCAAAUUCGCCGCAUGUAAUAAUUUGGAUGAACUCCCUUUAGCUGCUUCUGCAAAAAAAUAACCAAAUUUGGGAUUAAUUUAAUAAAUAAAUAGAUAAAAUGCCCCAAAAUGUCCUCAUAGGGGCUACUUUUACCAUGUUUUGGGCACAUUUUCGGGUCAGUAGAAGCCUUUUUCUAUCAACAACAGAAUAGAAGUCGCUUCCCCCCAAAAACAUGAUGGAAAUGCCCCUUAGAGAGGAUAUUUGGGGGCCUUGUCUCCCACUUUUUUGGAGGGGAAUAUCCCCCCCCCCCCCCAAAGUGGUUUCCUUUCUUUUCGCUCGCGGCGGUUGGCGGGGGUUUUCCCGGCGCCAACCUUUUGGAGCAGGGAAAAGGGGGAGAAAGAAAGACAGAGCGAAGACAUCAUAUUCCCACCCAAAAGGCAUUCACCUUGCCUUCGGUCAAGCCACCAGACUUGGGUGCGUUGGACUACAAUCCCAAUGCUGUCUGGGGAUGAUGGGGUUGUAGUCCAAGGAGAGUUGAGGACAGUACAAGAGUUUAAUAAAUAAACUAAUA